AUGGAGCCAAUUGAGGUUGAUUUGAGUAAAGGCGGGUGUGUAGGCGGUUGUGGUGGUGGAGGUAAGAGUGGGGAAGGGUUUAUUGAUCGGAGUAAAGUGAGAAUUCUUCUUUGCGACAAUGACGCGAAGAGUCCGGAAAAGCGUUGUGAAUCCUCGUCUCCUGUUCUUCUCGAACAAAAUGCAACUGCUGCGUACAUUCCUUCAGAGCCCCAUCCAAAUGAAAUAUUCUUUCUUGGCCAGAUACUAUCUGCUGUAAAGCUUUUCCUUGUUCUUGCUUCAAUGAUAUUGCUUCAGCUUCUGCGUUCCCCAGGCCUGAAUGAACAAUUGCCAGUUGACUUGGAACUCAAAACCAUGUGA